AUGCGUGACUUCUUGGAAGAAGCUGGUGUGCGUGUUACGUUUCUGAGGUACUUCGUACGUCGGUGGAAGAGUACAGCCUCGGCACAGUUAAACAUCCUAUCGGAGGAUGCUGACAUAGUUACUGGCAGUCACUUCUGGCCCGAUGGCAUAAUCGUCAUUGGGAAAUCCCUCUGUGACGUCAUAAUAAACAUGGCAUCCUCCUUGACAAGGUCGGCUUUUUCCAGGCUCUGUCAACAAGUUCCGCGCUCUCUGGCAUGUACAGUCAAAGAAUUUCAGAGCAGAGAUUUCCACGACUCUACACCACACCAUCAGGCUCUGUCUGUAUCAGAGCCAGUCUCCCAUCCCGAGGGGAAACAGAAGGUGACCCUUGUCCCGGGGGAUGGGGUAGGGCCGCACCUCAUGGGCAGUGUUCGCGACGUAUUCCAGGCUGCUGGGGCUCCUGUGGAGUUUGAGGAAUAUUUUAUUAGUGAGGUACAGCCAACUCAAAGUGCCAGCAUCAGCACAGUGGUGGAAUCAUUCAAGCGUAAUGGAGUCGGACUCAAGGGAAUCAUCACAACACCAUCCAACUUCAAAGGGGGUGUCCUCCAGACCCUCAACAUGAAGAUUAGAGCAGAGCUGGAUCUCUUUGCUAAUGUUGUUGUCAUCAAGAGCUUACCUGGCUUCAAAACGCGUCAUAAGAAUCUCGACUUCGUCAUCAUCCGUGAACAAACUGAAGGAGAGUACAGUGCCCUGGAGCAUGAGAGUGUCACUGGGGUGGUCGAGUGUCUAAAGGUUGUCACGAGAAUGAAAUCUAAACGUAUCGCCAAGUUUGCUUUUGAUUAUGCUACUCGUAAUAACAGACAGAGAGUUACAGCAGUACACAAAGCC